AAUAAAGAGGAGCCGCAAUAGCCUGAAAUUCAGUUGAGCCGACGCCGUGGGACACGUGUAGUGUACAUUAUCUCGAAUCCGGUCGCCGCGGAAAUUCUAUUGAACUCGCGACCGGUUCGACGCUGAAACGCUCGCGGUGCGCAAAUCGGCGAGGGAUCCUGCUAAAAGAGACACAGGGAAGGUCGGCGUGUUGCAAAGGCCACCGUUAGUUCAGGACCUUCAAGGUCUACCGUUGGUGGGAAGGAGAGAGGAAGAGUGAGACGCGGCAGAUGAAGGAACGUGCACGACGGUCGUAGCGGAGCAGCGAAACGGGACGCAAACGAUGCCAAAGCGAUGCAGUUGACACACCGUGAGAUCUCACGUGGUAAAAAAACACACGUUUCCAAGGUACCAUUGAGAAGUCCCGACAUCAAACGGUACUCGAGGUGGAUUCUGAAGCGCCGACGUUUCAGAAUUCCUAGAAAUCACAAUAGGAUUUGAUUGGAAACAAAGGAGCAAGAAAAUUGUCGCGCUGUAAUUUCAGCGACACACGUUGCCUUCGAAUUGAGAGAAACUUCUCUGAAGCGACGAGCUAAAGUGAAGAAUUCUUCUUUUCUAACUUCGCGAGCCGGCAGCCAUCGAAAUAUAUGUAAUAAAAGAUCGUGGAGGUAUCCACAGCCGAACGGCUUUUCGCAAUCCACCACCUGUGGCUUCUGAUAACUCCUGCGAUAAGGAGAGAAAGAGGAGCACCGCGACACUACCGCGGGGGCUUCGACUUUCAGCUUGAGAUUAACGCUAAGCCCUCAUUUUUAAAGAACACUCUCUUUCUAUUAACUCAGGUAGAUGUACUCCGCGAGUCACGGAAAGAAUAUUUUUACCGUAUUUGAGAAACGAUUUCGCGAAGUGAAGAAGAAGAAAAUGCCAAAUUUCUUCCGCGAUUUAAAAACUUUUCGAAUCUGACCUGUUGAAAAAAUAACAAACAAAAGUACAAGAGGACGCAUGGUUUAAUAAAUAAGAGAAAAGCGACUCUUUGAAGACGAGAUCAUUUCUUUUCAUUCAAAGAUCGGUAGACAAUCUGCCAGCGGAACGGACACUGCCGGAAAUGAUCUCGAAUAAUCGCAUCGUAAAGAGAUCGUUGUAGAAGGCAGUAGAAAGCGCAUCAUCAAGAUCUCUGAAGAAGAUUCUAAAAGAGAUCCCGAAAAAAAUCUAACGCUAUCAGAGGUGGGAUUAGCGGUACAUACCUUUCUUUCUUUUUCAUUGAGAACCGUGGAAGGUAAUUCACGAAAAACGGCGAACCAUUACGGGGUGCAUUACGCGAACUCGUACGCGUGCAGCAACGGCGCACCGAGCGUGUACACCAGCACCGGUUGUUGCACAAACAUCAACGGUGGCGGCUUCAAUGUGCAGCAGCCGCAGCCUCACGAGGAUUAUCGGCCGAUCUACUUUUACGUGGCGCAGCCUUACACGAUCCCGUACACCUUUGCCAAGAGACCGAAACCCGCUGCGUCGUCAUUGCUAAGGGCGGCGAAGCCGCGCGGCAACAAUUAUCGUGUCAAGUUCUCCAAGAAACUCGGGAACGCCGACUUCUCGCAGAAGGUCAAGCAGGGCGAGUUCUCGCGGAGUCUGAACCAGGUGCACUUCGCGGAGAGUCAGGGUCAAGUGCUCGCAAAUUAUUCGAAAGCUGGAUCAUCUCGCGAUCCGAGGAUGACGUCGAUGUUUCGAAGAGGCACGAUCUUCGCGACCUUCUUCCUGUCAUUGUUGGGCGGUGGACUUGUCUGCGCCGCCCUUGUGACACAGCAUUGGGUCGAGGCACGACCAUGGAGAACGCCGAAUCCACAAGAGAGCGCUGGCAGAGUUCAUUUCGGUCUAUUACAGGGUAAAAAGGAAUUAAACGUCGCCUAUGGAUGGAGGACAUAUCAUAUAUCCGUUCCUCAAAUGAUCCGACAAGAUCCAUCGGUGAUGUCUUGGGCUCUUUGGAUCGCUACUUUAACAACGACUUCGGCUGCUUUGGUAGCGGCUGCGCUUGCUGCACUUUUGGCAGUUUUAAAUACAGCUACUUCCCCAAGAUCGAAGAUUCUAUCCAUUCCUGGUGUAUACUUUAUAAAUAUGUUAAUGCUGUUAAUGUGCUUAGCAAGCACUUGUACUUGGUUAGCGCAAUACUAUACGAGACUAUACGUUAAUGUGCUUCCGAAGGAGGACAUCGAUAAUAUGUGGACCAGUGAAGGUUCUGCUGAGCUCGGUUAUUCAUUUUGGCUCGUAGUUAGCGCUGGGAUUGUACAUCUCAUUAGCAUAGCAUUAGUUGGCUGGGGCUCAGGUAGAGAAAAGGAUGAUCGUCUAGAACCAAUACCUGCACUUGAAGAGAAAACUGCCGCAGCGAUUAUGUUAUAUUAAACGUUAUAAUAGUUUAAAAAUUGCAAGACUACGAUUGAAUUACGUUAUUAUGUAUAAUAUCGAAUUGAUAGUAUCUAUAUCGAGAUUGAAAAGUAGUUGAGAUUAAUUAGUUAAGAUAGAAUUUUCGUUCACAGAUUUGUGCCUCGCACAGUUCCUAGUUAUUUGCUAGGCGUUUGUAAUCAUUUUCCUAGAUACAAUUCAAUUUUGUAACAGAUAUUGUGCAAUUUUAUAUCAAAACGCAAAUAUAAACGCAAAUAUAAACACAGCAAGUACAUUUAAAGCGCGAGAUGCGCUAAUAAAGGACAGUACUUGCCAUAUAUGUCGAAAUAAGAGUUGGAAUGUGAUGAUACGUAUCGCCUACGUGUAGUAUUAUAUAAUGUAUACAUUUCGAUAUAUUUUAUGCAUUGAUAUUAUGUCAGUUCGUAAUACUCAUGAUUUCAAAGCGAUAAUAAUCAUAAAACGAGUAUUUUAUGUCUAACAACGAUCGAAAGCUAUGCGCUAUUCGCUUUAUAUGGCAUAAAAAGACGAGAUUGAGCAUGGAAAAACGCUUUAUUAUAGCUUAAUCUAUACAUUAGUUGUUUAUCAAUAAGGCCGCAAUCUAGACAAUUAUCGUUUCGGACUUCAGUUUGUUAAGGUUUUAUUAUUGGUAGUAUAUAAACAUUCGUAUACAGAUGUGUAUGUAAAUUAUGCGAUACGAAUUCAAAUGGUAUACAGUUAUAUCAUUUUUAUUAUCGAGUUAUCUUCCGAUAUAUUUUGUAAGUUAAAAUUCUUUUCUUAUAUUCUUAUUUAGCACUAUGUUUUUCUCUUUUUUUUUACAAAGGCGAUUGUUUUGACUAGACUGGGCUCUCGAGAACGAUAAUAUAUAUACUUUUUGUAUUUUAUAUAUAUAUACUACUAUCUAUAAUUUAGUUAAAGAGGAUAUUUUAUAAGUUAAGCAUGGCGUGCCUUUUCUUCGAGACAUUUAAUAUUUUUAACAGUUAUUAUUUCUCGAGAUUGUUACUUCUAUAAAAAAUGUACGAUUUUAUCAAUUUCAUUACCGUGGCAAAUCGUACGUGGAACGUAUCAUGAAAUGUAAAUACAAUAAAAAGUUUGCACCUCGAGAGUAUAUUACAAUGAUGUCGCGACGUAAUAUAAUAAUAAAACAGUGAACAGGUCAUAGAA